UGCGCGCUGCACCUGUGCUGCCGCUGCUGCCCGUGUGCGUCAGAUGAUGCCAACUGAUUCAUUAAACCUUCCCUUCUCUGUCGGACUGGCUGCAGACCGAGUCGACCUUUCCAAGCGGCUGCAGGUUCCCAUUGUGGACAAUCAGUCCGUCACCACCGCCACCCGCGCGAUCUUCACAACAACUUCAAGAGGGACCAUGCAAGUUUAUGUGGUUGUGAUUUUUGCGUAUGGAGUGUCAGGAGCUUUCGCGCACAUCCUGCUCUACUCAGCCAGAUCUGUUGGGGUUGCACACAAUUUAUCAGCACUCAAUCUCACGGAGGAGAAGGCGUCAUGCCCCCUUGGAUAUUUCCCCUGUGGCAACCUGACCAUGUGCCUCCCGCAGCUCAUGCACUGCAACGGCAUCGAUGACUGCGGAAAUCAAGCGGACGAGGAGAACUGUGGGGAUAAUAAUGGGUGGCCACAUCUUUUCGACAAGUAUUUUGGAAUGCCCAGCCACAACACUGGGACCAAGUCCAACGUAUGCUUGUUGGGUGUCGUUCCUGAGUUCUGCCAGUGUCGAGACCUGGAGCUGGACUGUGACGGCGCACAGCUUCAAGACAUCCCGGUGGUGGCGAUGAAUGUCACCAUGAUGUCUCUACAAAGGAACCAUCUUCAGAAACUGAAAGCAAACACAUUCUUCAAGUACCAGAGCCUUCAGAAACUAUAUCUUCAGCACAACAGAAUUCAAGAUGUCAGUCCUGGCGCGUUCAGAGGACUGUAUAACCUAACAAGAUUAUAUCUGAGCUAUAACAGGAUAUCUGUCCUGAUGCCAGGGGUUUUCCAGGACCUGCACAAGCUGGAGUGGUUGAUCUUAGAAAACAACAAUAUCCAUCAGGUAUCCCCCAUGACCUUCUCAGGACUGAACUCCCUUGUUUUACUGGUUUUGUUGAACAACUCUUUGACAAAUCUGGAUGACAUCUGUCGGGAAAUGCCACGAUUAAACUGGCUGGAUUUGGAGGGGAACCUAAUUGAAACCAUUGGAAAUGUCUCAUUCUGCUCAUGCAGUAUGCUGACAGUUCUGGUUUUACAGCAGAACAGGAUCAGCUAUGUACACGAACAGGCUUUCUCAGUCCUCAGAAAGCUUGGAGAAUUGGAUCUAUCCAACAACAGACUGGUGGCAAUCCCUCCCAAUCUCUUUGUCUUACUCGGGGAUUUGCUUCAACUGAAUAUAUCAUACAAUCCCAUCGUGGAGCUCCAAGUUGACCACUUCGACAAGCUGUAUAAACUGAAGUCACUGAGCAUAGAAGGGAUAGAAAUUGGAAACAUACAACGGCGAAUGUUUGAACCUCUCAAAUACUUGACCCAUAUCUACUUCAAGAAGUUCCAGUACUGCGGCUAUGCUCCUCAUGUGCGCAGCUGCAAACCCAACACUGACGGCAUCUCAUCCUUUGAGGACCUGCUGGCCAACAUCGUGCUGAGGGUCUUCGUGUGGGUGGUCUCUGCCACCACCUGCUUUGGCAACAUCUUCGUCAUCUGCAUGCGCUCGUAUAUCCGAUCUGAGAACAAGCUCCAUGCCAUGUGCAUCAUCUCCCUCUGCUGUGCAGACGGGCUGAUGGGCAUCUACCUCUUCAUGAUCGGUGCAUAUGAUCUGAAGUUCCGCGGCGAGUACAACCGGCACGCUCAGGCCUGGAUGGACAGCAGUCAGUGUCAGGUCAUCGGCUCUCUGGCCAUGCUGUCCACUGAGGUAUCCGUCCUUCUCCUCACAUACCUCACUCUGGAGAAAUACAUCUGCAUCGUCUACCCUUUUCAGUACUUGACGCCUGGCUGGCGACGAACUGUCACCAUCCUUCUCGGGAUAUGGGUGUUCGGCUUUGUUGUUGCCCUUCUGCCACUGGCCUGCAAGGGGCUGUUUCGCAACUUCUAUGGGACCAAUGGAGUUUGCUUCCCGCUGCACUCCGAGCAGCCAGAGACGCUUUGGGCUCAUGUUUACUCCAUCGUCAUUUUCCUGGGUCUGAACUUGGUGGCAUUCCUCGUCAUUGUCUUAUCCUAUGCAAGCAUGUUCUAUAACAUCCAGAGAACAGGGACGCAGACCACUAAAUACAGCAACCACAUCAAGAAGGAAGUGACCAUCGCCAAAAGGUUCUUCUCCAUCGUCAUCACCGACUCCCUUUGCUGGAUCCCCAUUUUCAUCCUCAAGAUCCUGUCGCUGAUGCAGGUGGAGAUUCCCGGUACCAUCAGCUCGUGGGUGGUGAUAUUUAUUCUGCCCAUCAACAGCGCCCUUAACCCGAUCCUGUACACGCUGACCACACGGCCUUUCAAAGAGACCAUUCUGCAGGUAUGGGCUAACUACAGGCAGAGAAGGCCUCUGCUCAGCGGUCACCCAGCUCAUCACCGGUCGCUCACCUGGCAGGAAAUGUGGCCCCUGCAGGAGAACAGCCACGGCCCCACUGCGGGGCACCCGCUGGACACAACAGGCACGAUAGCCAAGCUCACCCCUGUGGAAAAUACCAACGAGGGAUACAAUGACAUUAACAAGUGCACACAGCAAGCACAGAAGCAACAUAUCGUGCUGUCAGUGUGCUCAAAGAAUCAAACAAUGCCUCUCACACCCAGCCACACAUGCACAAACAAAUGAUCUAUAUGGAUCAGAAUCACCUCAGCAGAUUAAAUGUAAUUCAGACUUGUUUAUCUCAGUAAUUGAUUAUACACGUGUUAAAGGAACAGUCCUGAUUUUCCGCUGUUUCUCCUUUGUGGUUCAUCAUUAGUAUUCAUCAGCGUUUUUGAAAAUCCAGCUGUGUGCAUGUCUUGCCCAAGCAGCAGCCAUCAGCAAUAGAUGAAAUCCCUUCAUGUUGGCUCCAAAAAUAUAUCUAUCAAUACAGAGCAGAAGCUAUGCCCCAUUUAUGGUCGGGCUUUUGUUCCACCAGCUCAGUUUAAUUUCUCACAGAGAGCUUCUUUGAUCUCUCUUUCUGAAAGUUUAAUAGGCUAUAUUGUCCAUUUUGUCUGAGCUGAAUAAUUAAUAUUAAAUAUACUGGCAAGUAAAAUUUGGACAACUUAUCAUCUCUAACAGUGAUAAGACAGAAGAAUUUGUUAGAACCCAAUAACUUCAGCUGCCAUCAAACAUUUGCCUCAAUGGCUCAAGGUCCAGAUUCACCAAACCAACUUUAGAGAACAAGCAGCGAUAAAGGCUCCCUGCUGUGUAGCCUGACAUCACUGUGUCUCAGCCAAAAAAGUUGCACAAGAACACACUGCAGAGACUGCAGCUGAUGGCCAACCAGCAUGUACAUUCUGCACCUGAGUGAGGGGGAAUAACUCUCCACACCAACAGACGGCAAUCGUCUGUAAUCCUGGAAGACCAUCUUGAUGCUAGUUAGCAAGUUAGCACAUAAACAACUAGGG